AUGCCACUGCCAUGGCUGCUGGUGCGGCUGUUGUGGCUGCGCCUGCCGGUGCUUGCGCAGCUUCUGCUGCUGCUGCUGUUCCUGCUGCUGCUGCGACUCUUCCUCCCUCAACUCCUGCUGCUGCCCCGGCCGCUGCUGCUGCACCGCCUCCUGCUGCUGCUGCACCGCUUCCUGCUGCUGCUGCUGCUGCUGCUGCUGCUGCUGCUGCUGCUGCUGCUGCUGCUGCUGCUGCUGGUGCCCGUGCUGUUUUUGCUGCAGCUGCGCUGCACGCCGGAGCUCCUCUGCUCGCAGCCUUGCCAGCAGCCGCUGCUGCAUGGGUCCGCCAACACCUCGGCCUCGCAGGCCUGA